CGAAGAUGCCACCUUGGACAUAUGGUUUUCGUCUGCCGUGUACUGUACCGUAGUAUUUUCUCAUGUCUUCACCGCAGUGAUGCUUAAUAUGACAUUGUCUAUUAUUCUCAUCCAGUAGUACGUCGUGAUCGAGAUAAUACCUCCCUACCAUCAUUACAGCUCGUCGAACAUCCGAGCCGCCGAUCUGCGCCGCCCCUCAACCUUUCCCUCCCUCACUGAGGGUCUGUUACACUACCAGAACCACUCUGCAACAUGGAGGCCGCUUACGCUCGUCCAACAAGGGAGACUUUGGAAUUCUUCCAAGUCUCGGAGCAACAUGGCUUGAACGAGGAGCGCGUAGAAGCCCUGCGCAAGAAAUAUGGGAAGAACGCCUUACCUGAAGAUCCACCAACUCCCUUAUGGGAGCUCAUACUAGAGCAGUUCAAAGAUCAACUCGUCAUAAUACUUCUUGGAUCCGCCGCGGUUUCAUUCGUCCUUGCGCUCUUCGAGGGUGGCGACGAUUGGACCGCUUUUGUGGACCCUGUUGUUAUCCUGACGAUUCUCAUCCUCAACGCCGUCGUCGGCGUAUCGCAGGAAAGCAGCGCCGAAAAAGCCAUUGCUGCACUCCAAGAAUACUCCGCGAAUGAGGCGAAGGUCAUAAGAAAUGGGGGUAUCAAGCGUGUAAAGGCUGAUGACCUGGUACCUGGUGAUGUCAUUACCGUGGCUAUAGGAGAUCGUAUUCCCGCAGAUUGCAGAUUGCUCUCCAUUCAGAGCAAUAGCUUCAGUGUAGACCAGUCCAUCUUGACAGGCGAAAGCGAGAGUGUUGGCAAGGAUACUAGAAUCGUCAAAGACAAGGAUGCUGUGAAGCAGGACCAGGUCAACAUGCUAUUCUCUGGUACGACUGUGGUCAACGGUCAUGCUAACGCUUUGGUCGUUCUCACCGGAAGUAACACUGCCAUCGGCGAUAUUCAUGAAAGUAUCACGUCACAAAUUUCGCAGCCUACCCCUUUGAAAGAGAAGCUCAAUGACUUUGGCGAUGUGUUGGCCAAGGUCAUUACUGGUAUCUGUAUUCUCGUCUGGCUCAUCAAUAUUCGUCAUUUCAGUGAUCCUUCGCACGGAAGCUUCACCAAGGGUGCCAUUUACUACCUGAAAAUUGCCGUGUCACUUGGUGUUGCUGCUAUUCCUGAAGGUCUCGCAGUUGUUAUAACUACCUGUUUGGCCCUAGGUACUCGGAAGAUGGCUGCCAGGAACGCCGUGGUCAGAAGUCUUCCAUCCGUCGAAACACUUGGUAGUUGUAGCGUAAUAUGUUCCGACAAGACUGGGACUCUGACGACGAACCAAAUGAGCGCCAACAAGAUCGUCUUCAUCAAUGAGUCUGGUACAGAUCUCGAAGAGGUUGACAUCGAAGGUACUAGCUUCGCUCCCGAAGGACAAAUAUCUUUCAAAGGAAAGGGCCUCAUAAAUGCUGCUGCCACAUCAGCCACUAUAACGCAGAUCUGCGAGGUCACUGCUCUGUGCAAUGAGGCCAAGCUCUCAAUCGAUCCUAAGACGGGCAAUCACAGUGUCGUGGGUGAGCCUACUGAAGGCGCGCUUCGUGUAUUGGUAGAGAAGGUUGGGACUCCUGUCGCAGAUGUGAACGCGAAGCGAUUGGCUGCAUCUCUCUCUGACCGCCUACAUUAUUCCAGCGCAUACUAUGAAUCACAGUAUCCCAAACUCGCCACCUAUGAGUUCUCUCGCGAUAGAAAGAGCAUGUCAGUCCUGGUCCAAGGUCGAAGUGGUCCAAAAUUGCUUGUCAAGGGAGCCCCGGAAUCCAUUCUGGACCGAUGCACCCACGUCCUCGUCGGAGCUCAAGGCAAGAAGGAAAAGCUCAAUCCGAAGUUGGCCAACCUCAUCAACCAAGAGAUUGUUGAAUAUGGUAACCGAGGUCUCCGUGUUAUUGCACUUGCCUCUGUCGAGGAUAUCGGGUCAAACCCAUUGACGAAGACAGCUAAAUCGACCAAGGAGUACGCACAACUCGAGACCAAGAUGACACUUAUUGGCCUGGUAGGUAUGCUGGAUCCUCCUCGACCAGAAGUUCGCCGUUCCAUUGAGCUAUGUCGCGAGGCAGGCAUACGUGUAGUGGUUAUCACGGGUGACAAUCAGAAUACAGCAGAGGCGAUCUGUCGACAGAUUGGUGUCUUUGGUGCAAACGAAAGUCUAUCUGGUAAGAGCUACACUGGGCGACAAUUCGAUGCUUUGUCCGAAUCCGAAAAGCUCGAAGCAGCAAAGCGAGCAUCACUGUUCUCUCGGACCGAGCCGUCUCACAAGUCCAAGCUUGUAGAUCUGCUUCAAUCAGCCGGAGAAGUUGUGGCUAUGACUGGUGAUGGCGUCAACGACGCGCCCGCGUUGAAGAAGGCCGAUAUUGGCGUUGCUAUGGGCUCAGGUACUGACGUAGCCAAGCUGGCCGCCGAUAUGGUUCUAGUUGACGACAACUUUGCAACUAUCGAAGGUGCCAUUGAAGAAGGGCGAUCCAUCUACAGUAACACACAGCAAUUCAUCCGGUACCUCAUAUCCUCCAACAUCGGCGAAGUUGUUUCGAUUUUCUUGACCGCCGCAGCGGGUAUGCCUGAAGCUCUUAUACCUGUACAACUCCUCUGGGUCAACUUAGUCACCGAUGGUCUUCCAGCGACAGCCCUUUCCUUCAACCCCCCUGAUCACGAUGUCAUGCGGAGACAGCCAAGAAAGCGCGACGAGCCACUUGUCGGUGGGUGGUUAUUUUUCCGCUACAUGGUCAUUGGUACCUACGUAGGUGCAGCAACCGUUUUCGGAUACGCUUGGUGGUUCAUGUUCUACUCAGAGGGUCCACAGAUCAACUUCUCUCAGCUUUCUAAUUUUCAUCAAUGCUCGACCAAAUUCCCUGAGAUUGGAUGUGAGAUGUUCGGAAAUGAUAUGGCUAAGUCGGCAUCAACGGUCUCUCUGUCAAUCUUGGUCGUCAUUGAGAUGUUCAAUGCAGUCAAUGCGCUCUCUUCGUCCGAAUCUCUUAUCACCCUGCCUCUCUGGAAGAACAUGAUGCUCGUCUACGCUAUUUGCCUUUCCAUGGCUCUCCACUUUGCACUCUUGUACAUUCCUUUCUUGCAAAGCUUGUUCUCGAUCGUGCCACUGAACUGGACCGAAUGGAAGGCUGUUUUAUAUAUCAGCGCUCCGAUCGUCGCGAUUGAUGAGGUACUAAAGUUUGUUGAGCGGACAUUCUUUAUGAAGAAGAUCGACAUCUCGAACCUCCAAGCUGGGGUAAAUGGCAGCCUGCAGAAGAAAAGGAAUUGAGCGUUGGAUUGGCAGGGGCCGGGCCACAGCGCGAAUCCUGUCGUAGACUAGUAUUGCAAUGCUAUAGAAACUAGACACAUAGCCAGAUUACACAAGACAACUAGAGUAAAGAA